AUGAGUGAAAAAUGGGACAAUACUAUGUUAAAUUUCGUUAAUGCGAUCUCAAAAGAUACACAAUGUACUGAAUUGAUUAAAAUCUUAGUCGAAAAUUUUUUUAACGAUGAUUCAUUAGGUAUAUUUACCUUAAUAUCUGAAAGAUCCAAAGAUAUACUUCAUAAGGAUGAAGUCGAAAAAGAACUUAAACAAAGACGAAAUACUAUAGAAAGAAUUAAGCAAAAUCUUAUUAAUUAUCGUGAUGCUCCAAAAGAAUGUCGAGCUGAUCACAUGAAGAGUUUGGUUGAACUAUGUGAUAGCUUUUAUAAUAAUUUAGUUACCGGAAAAAAUAUGGAUAAUGUACAAUUAAUUACUAUUGCAAUUACCUUUGUGUUUGUUCAUCUCACAAUAUUGAGAGAAAGAAAUAGGCAUUCUAAGGAGAUAUACUCCAAGGAAAACAAGGCAUAUGAAACUGAUUUAACACAAAAGGUUCAAGAUUACAAGCAAUAUUUUAUAUCAAUGUACGACAGAUGGGAAGAUUGGCGUAAAGCGUUUAUUCAUAUUAAAGGUCGUGAAAACCAUGCUAUAACUACAUUUCCUUGUUUAGUACAUGAUACUUUUCACGAAUUGUUUAUAACUUAUAAAUAUCCAAAUUCUAUUGAUGAGGCAAUGUGGAAAAAAUAUCAAGAAUUAUGUAAUCACGGACAAUUUGCUUUCCUCAAUGAAGCUAAAGAUAUAUUUAUGAAUGCGUAUUUAUUUACCUUUGAUUUGAAUAAAUUUUUACCUAAUAAUUGGUCUGCUCCUUCCGAAGCUCCUAACAAAAAAAUUGGUACUCUUUAUUAUGGAAUUGUUGGAAAAGUUACUAUUCCACAUCCAAUGGAGUAUGAAACUGAUUAUGAAGAACCUUUUAAAUUAUCUUCUGAUGAACCUGGUAUUAUUACAGGUUUAAACAUUCAUUAUUCCGAUGUUGUACAUGGUUUCACCAUUAAGUAUAAAGGUGGUACUGUAACCAGUGUAGGGGAUGUAAAAGGUGGAGAAGCGACAACUGUUCGAGGUCUUGAUGAAGAAAAUUAUAUAACUUCGGUGGAAGUUUACUUUAGUGAUCGUGUUAUUAGUGGUCUUCAGUUUUAUUUCAACGGUAAUAGAAAUACCGAAAUUCUUGGAAGCGACGUAAAUGCAAAUAGAUUUGUUGGUGGUCCUACUACGGAUUUCAAGUUGGCAGCAAUUCAAAUGGCUUCAUCUAAAUCUCAUUCAAAGAAACUUGAUUGUCUCGGUUAUACUCUCUUGGUUUUUGAGCAUUUACGAAUAGCUAAAGAUUAA